UUUACAUGAAUUGCACCUACCCCACUUUGCAGAAAAAAAAAAUCAUCCACAUACUGGCGCAGCCACGCACAUCACAUGAAAGUUCAAUUCCACCAAGUUUUGUUAAUUAUCCAAUCUUAUUUGCUCAAUUAUUUGUAUUGUUCACGUGUCCUAAAACACUAACCUAAUUUUAACUCCAAUCAUAAUCAAUUUACUUUACUUUUUGUUGACCUAAUAAAUAUUAAACAGCCCACUUUACUACACCUAUAAAUAGACGUGAAUACAUGCAUUUAUCUUACACCAUCAAAGUUCAUUACAACAUAGCUUGAUUGUACUCUCAUUCUAUACUCCUAAGCUAGCUAAAUAAUCUUCUCAUUCAAAACCCAACCAAUCACUAUUAUGGCUCUUAUGGCACAAGACACGACUCCCCUAGUGUUAAACAUAACACGAGGGGAGCCAGAGAUAGUGUGCCCGGCUGAGCCUACACCACGAGAGCUAAAACCGCUCUCAGACAUCGAUGACCAAGAGGGUCUUCGAUUUCAGAUGCCGGGCAUAAUGUUUUACCGGGCUGAUCCCUCCAUGGAGGGAAAAGACCCGGUCAAGGUGGUUAAGGAUGCUUUGGCUAAUGCUCUUGUGUUUUUCUACCCCUAUGCUGGCCGGUUAGUAGAAGGGCCUAAGAGGAAGCUCAUUGUCGAUUGCAAUGGUGAAGGCGUGCCCUUCAUCGAGGCUGAGGCGGAUGCAACGCUAGAGGAUUUCGGAGAUGAAAUUCAUCCUCCAUUUCCUUUGGAGGAUUUGUUUUAUGACAUUCCUGGUACUGAUGGAAUGCUUGGCACUCCCUUGUUCAUUGUUCAGGUAACCCGUCUUAGAUGCGGUGGAUUCAUAGUGGCCAUUCGAGGAAACCAUGUCAUCGCCGAUGGCACAGGCGUAAUGCAACUAAUGAAUGUGGUAGGCGAGCUAGCGAGAGGCUUCACCACCCCAUCCGUCCCCCCAGUUUGGGAUCGCGAACGCUUAACCGCGAAAGAACCCACUAAUGUCACCUUCCCUCACCCCGAGUACGACCAACACGAAGAAAUCGAUCACCAUCAUGAUCAAGCCAACCUUGUCCAACAAUCCUUCCUCUUCGGACCAACCGAGCUUGCAGCCCUACGCCAUAAUGUCCCUCCACACAUCAAACAAUUCUCCUCUUUCGACAUCCUUAGUGCCUCCCUAUGGCGUUGUCGUACCAUAGCACUUGGACUAGACCCCGAGGAAGAGAUCCGUCUACUCUUCGCAGUCAAUGCAAGGAACAAGUUUAACCCACCCUUAGCGAAGGGAUACUACGGAAAUGCGUGUGCAUUUCCGGCAGUUUGCGCUAGGGCGGGCGAUAUAUGCAACAAUGACAUGGCAUAUAUAUUGGACCUCAUUAGGUCUACCAAAAAAGAAGUGAAUGAGGAAUAUAUGAGAUCUAUUAUGAACCUUAUGGUAACAAAUGAUAGGCCUGAAUUUUCGGUACGUCAAACAUACGUGGUGUCCGACCUUAGACAUUUAGGGUUUGCAGACGUGAAUUUCGGGUGGGGAAAACCCGUUUAUGGAGGACCGGCUAGUAACGGGUCGGUACCAGAUGCAAGCUUCUUUAUUACCUUUAAGAACAAGAAAGGUGAUAAUAUUAUUAUGGUGCCCAUUUCCUUGCCUCCAACGGCAAUGGAUGUUUUUGUUAAGGAACUAAGAGGUAUGAUUGACAUUUACCCCUCAACAUUUAACCAUUUUUAGAAUUUAGGCAUUGCAAGGUGAAUUGGAGUAUUAUGAUUAUUAAUUUUUCAAUUGUUGUAGACCAAAUUUAUUUACAUUCUUUUAAAGUAUUCUUGUAAUUGUAUUGGAAUAACUUUAUUGUACUACACAAAGUAUGGUUGAAAGAAAUAAAAAUUAAUCUAAGAACAUUUACAA